AUGGCUCUGCUCCCCGUUCCCCGUGAGACUAUCCUUCCUGGAAAAGUCAUCCACGCACCCCACAAUGUCGAAUACCGGAAAUGCUCCCCAGAUGAGCUGGUCGAUCUGGCAAUUGAAGGCAACAUUGCGCGCAUAGCAAAACGCUCUCUUGUUGGUGGCGAUGAAUCCUUCUUCGUCGCCGAUUUAGGGCAAGUCAUUCGACAGCAUCGCCGAUGGACCCAGAACCUACCAGGAAUACGUCCAUAUUAUGCUGUCAAAUGCAAUUGCGACCCAACAUUCCUCAAAGUCCUCGCGGACCUAGGCACAAACUUCGACUGCGCAUCCAUAGAAGAAAUGCGCACAGUGCUCAACCUCGGCGUGGACCCUGCUCGGAUCCUAUUCGCAAAUCCAUGUAAAGCCCCCGCAGCCAUUGCGUUCGCCCGCGAGGUUGGCGUGCUACGCACUACAUUUGACAACAUCGAUGAGCUAGACACUAUCAAAGCACACAUGCCCGAAGCCCAACUGUUACUUCGAGUCUAUGCAAAUGAUGACAGCGCCUUUAUCUGCUUAGGUGAGAAAUUCGGUGCCCAGCUUGAUACUACUGAGGAAUUAUUAUCACGGGCGUGGGAAUUGGGGUUGAAUGUUAUUGGCGUUAGUUUCCAUGUUGGAACCGGCGCUACAAACACAGCAUCAUUCUGCAAAGCAAUUAAAGAUGCGCGAGUGGCGUUUUCACAAGCAGAGCAGUUAGGAUUCACACCCCAUCUUCUCGACAUUGGUGGUGGAUUCCAGGAUGAUUGUUUCGAGGCCCUGGCUCCAUUUCUAAGAGAAACGAUUCGGUCAGAAUUCCCUGCUGGUAUUACAACCAUCGCGGAGCCAGGUCGGUUCUUUGCCCGCAGUGUUUAUACCCUUGCAUGUCGAGUGAUCUCACGGCGACGUCAACUUGGGAGUGCGGCCACUGCUGGAAUUCCGGAUAUGCUCUAUCAGAAUGAUGGUGUCUAUGGGAAUUUCAUGAAUGUGAUUAUGGAGAAGGAGAUUAUGGUUCCUUAUCUGGUUGGGAAGAGGAAGGGUGCCGCUUCAACUAAGAUCAAGGCCAGUGAUGAGAGUGAAAGGCCUGAUGGACAUCGAUAUUCGAUUUGGGGGCCUACUUGCGAUAGCACUGAUUGUGUUGUCCGGGAGGUGACUCUUGAAUCCGAGGUCAGGAUUGGUGAUUGGCUCAGGUAUAAGAAUAUGGGAGCGUAUACCACUACCACUGCAACCCAGUUCAAUGGGUUCAGUAGUACAUAUGAUACUUUUUAUGUGAACAGCGAGACAAUGCCUUCAUACUAG